GAUAAUAUUUAAUUGACUAUUAUUGAAAAUGGCCGAAGCAGAAGCCAUUUUCAUUGGUGCUAAUAGACAGACACAUGUUAGUGAUGUCCAUCCAUCAAAACGUAUAGUUUCAUUUGGUGCAGGUAAUACAAUUGCAUUAUGGGAUCCAUUAUCAAAAUCUUCAAGAGGGGUUUAUUCAACUCUAAAGGGUCAUACUGGUGAAAUCACAUGUGUAAAAUUCAUUGACAAUUUCAAUUAUUUGGUUUCAGCCUCUGAAGAUAAAACGAUCAAGAUUUGGAAAUUUAAAUCAUCCGAAUCUGUAUAUUUGGAAUUUGUUGAAACUUUCCAAUUCCAUCAAAGUUCAAUCAUAGCUAUUGGCGUGUUUGAGUCCUUCUUUGCUACAGGUGAUAGUACUGGUAAUAUUGGUCUAUGGAAAUCAAAUGAAGGGAAAGUUGAAUUAGUUCAAGAGUUCAAGACUAAAAUCGGUGUGUUACCAUUAGCCAUUGCAAUUCAAGAAAUUGAACCAAAUCAAUACGUUUUGGCUAUUGGUGGGUCUAAAUUCAAUGUUUUCAUCUACAAAUUUACGUAUUCCAAAGCAGAAAUAAAUGAAUUUGAAUUGGUUUCCGGACUAGAAGGUCAUGAGGAUUGGGUCAAGGCAUUAGCAUUCAAAAAAUUAUCAGAUGGUGAUUUCUUAUUAGCAUCAGGUUCUCAAGAUCGAUACAUUAGACUAUGGAGAAUAAGAACCAAUGAUCUUAUCGACAAUUCAGAUGAAGAUGAAAAUAAAUUAGUUCUAUUAUCCAACAAACAAUACAAAUUUUCAAUUGAAUCAAACAAAGUUGCCAUAAAUUUUGAAGCCUUGAUUAUGGGUCAUGAUGAUUGGAUUUCUGCAUUGAAAUGGCAUGAUACUCAAUUGAAGUUAUUAGCAUCAAGUGCUGACACUGCAUUAAUGAUUUGGGAACCAGAUGAUGUUUCAGGUAUUUGGAUUUGUAGUUCAAGAUUGGGUGAAAUCAGUACAAAAGGUGCUAGUACAGCUACUGGUUCUUCUGGUGGGUUCUGGGCUGCCUUAUGGUUCAAUGAUGCGGAAGAAAAUGAAUAUAUCUUGACCAAUGGUAAAACAGGUGCUUGGAGAUUAUGGAGUUCAAAUGAUCAAAUUAAUUGGGAACAAAAGUUAGCAGUAACGGGGUCGACAAAGAAAUGUACAGAUCUUUCAUGGUCUAUUAACGGAGAAUAUUUAUUAUCAACCUCAUUAGAUCAAACUACAAGAUUGUAUUCACAAUGGCUAAAUGAAGCUGAUGGAACUAAAAGACAGAUUCCAACAUGGCAAGAAUUUGCUAGACCACAAAUCCAUGGUUACGAUAUGAUUUGUAUUUCCACAUUAUCAAACACAAGAUUCAUUUCAGGUGGUGAUGAAAAAAUUCUUCGUUCAUUUGAUGAACCAAAAGGUGUUGCAGAGAUUUUGAAGAAAUUUUGUAAUGUUGAUCUUGAAAGUGACAUAAUGCCAGAAUCAGCUUCAUUACCUGCUUUAGGUCUAUCCAAUAAGGCAACUUCUGAUGAUCAAGAAGCUCCUGCUGAUACAGAUCAUCAAGUUCGUGAAACUGCUGACACAAACAAUAUCUCUUAUGAGAUCUUGAACUCAUCAACAACACCACCAUUAGAAGAUCAUUUACAAAGACAUACAUUGUGGCCAGAGAUUGAAAAACUUUAUGGUCAUGGUUAUGAAAUUAUAUCAGUUGAUGCAAGUCCUGAUAAAACUUUGAUUGCUAGUUCAUGUCGUUCAAAUACUCAGCAACAUGCUGUUAUAAGAAUAUUUGACUCCAAGAGUUGGCAAGAGUUGAAACCAAACUUGAAGUUACACAAUUUGACAGUUACUAGAGUUAAAUUUUCACCAGAUAAUAAAUAUUUGUUAACCGUUUCAAGAGAUAGACAAUACGGUAUUUGGGAGAGAAAUUUUGAAGAUAAUUCAUUCAAUUUAGUCCAUAGUGAUCCAAAAGCUCAUACUAGAAUUAUUUGGGAUUGUUCUUGGUCACCAUUAGAAUUCGGAAGAUUUUUCUUCACUUGUUCAAGAGAUAAAUCAGUUAAAGUAUGGAAACAACUUGAGGAUAAGGUUGAAUUGAUAACUUCAAUUAAAUGUGAUAACCCUGUUACAUCCAUUGAUGUUCACAAGAAGGUCAUUAAUGGGAAGGUUUUAAUUGCAGUUGGUUUAGAGAAUGGUGAUAUUCUGAUUAGUACUUUUGAUGGUUCAAACUUGGCACAAAUCCAUUCAUUUGAUAAAGAAGUCACCCCAGCAGAUAGAAUUGCCAGAAUCAACUGGAGUUUGAUUGAUUCAGAGAAAUUGCUACUAGCAGUUGCCAGUCACGACCACUCAACACGUAUCUAUUCCAUAGAGAGACAGCUUGUGUAA